AUGUCCAACGUGUCCCGCACCACCAUCUUCCUCAUCGGUGUCACAGGCUAUAUAGGAGGUGCUCUUCUAACGCGUCUCCUCGCGCAUCCCUCUGCAAAGACAUUCGAUAUAACUGUCUUCUUACGGUCUGCGGAGAAGGCGAAGCUCCUGGAGUCCAACUUUGGUGUGAAGGCAGUGGUGGGCACGCUUGCGGAGCUCGACAAACUCGAGGAGCAGACCGCGGCCGCACACGUCGUCUUCUCUUGCGCGGACUGUGACGAUGUCCCUGCGAUCGAAGCCAUCCUCAGAGGACAUCGCAAGAGGCAUGCCACGACUGGAGAUCUUCCGAUCCUGAUCCACACGUCAGGCACAGGAGAGCUAACGGACAACGCAAAAGGGCUGCACACCACUGAUACAAUUUACAACGAUCUCGAUGCCGCUCAAAUUGAGACGCUCCCACCCACAGCCUUCCAUCGCCCCGUCGACCUCGCGAUCGUCCGUGCAGACGCAGAAGGGUACGUGCGCACGUACAUCAUUCUGCCGUCCACGAUAUACGGGAUCGAGAGCAACCCCCUCGUAGACGCGGGCAUAUCGAACCCGUAUUCGAUCCAAAUCCCCUACCUCAUCCGUGCGUCGCUUGACCGCCGCCAGGCGGGCAUGGUCGGCCGAGGCGUCCCCUUUUGGCCAGAUGUACACAUCGAUGAUGUGGCUGAUCUUUACAUUGUGCUGUACGAUGCGAUCGUCGUGAGCCCUGAGAAGGUCGGCCAUGGGCGCGAAGGGUACUACUUCGCCGAGUCGGGUGAACACACGUGGGUCGACAUCUCGCGCGCGAUCGGUGCGGCACUCGUGAAGCUGGGUAUCACCACCAGCGCCGAGCCAACGACUUUCACCACCGAGGAGUUGAUCAAGUACUUUGGAUCCGAGGCGGCGGGAAACUACAGUGGAAGCAAUUCACGUUGUCGCGCCAAUCGCGGGCGUGCCUUGGGGUGGAAGCCCGUUCAUUCGACCGCCGACAUGAUUGCAAGCAUCAAGCCCGAGAUCGAGGCGUUGAUCGCGAACCCCUCAUACAAAGCCAUCGUUACCAAUUGA